AUUGCACCAGGUGUGCCUCUGAUUGUUGAGGUAAAAAAAAGCUACAAGCAGCUGCAGCAGUGCUGCUUUCUAAUGUAACCCCACAUUUUUGCGUAGCCUACUUUAAUUGUCUUUCAAACCAUUUGUUUUGCCUCUCGUGCCUUAUGUUUUUGUCGUACCCAUUAUACUGUGAGUGAAAAUGUAUUUAACGCUCAACUUUUCAACUUCUGACGACUCCAACGUGUCAGUUGUUGACCCUCAGAGACUGCAGGAACUGACUCACCGGUCCGUCAAAGUAAGCAUAAUUAUCGUUUUGGGCGUGAUGAUCACUUUGGGAAAUAUUGCCGUUCUCUUGGUUAUUACUUCCUCCGUGGCUGGUUGGUCAAGAAACUCUCGGUACUUUCUCCUCUCUCUCACUGCUGCAGACUCUGCGUUUGGACUGCUGGUCAUGCCCUUGAAUCUCUGGGUGAGUCUGCUAAAGGACUACACUGAAGGGCCAGACACUCUUUGUCAUAUCGUGGCCUUUUGCAAUGCCACCGUCUACUCCACCUGCAUGUAUACACUGGCCACGAUAAGCCUGGAGAGGUACAUUGCAGUGUUUUACCCGCUUCAAUAUUCAUCUAUUUUGACAAGAAAAAGGACACUGCUCCUGAUUGCCUUCGCCUGGUGCUUCCCACCCUUUCUACUGUCGCCAAUAUCAUUUCCAGAUGGCAUCAUCGAGGUUCAUUUUUCUACUGCGUCCCUGGUUUGCAAUCCGUCCUACUCCACAAAUGUUGGAUACACCCUAAGCUUGACCUGCUUUAUAUUUUUCCCCUGCUCCAUCAUCAUGACAUAUGCAAACCUGAGAGUGUGGUGCGCAGCCAAGAGACAGAGACUGAAACUGCGCAAAUACAACUGUGCGCGUCGCAGCAGACACAAUGUGGCAUCCAGAGUGCUUGUACCUGUGGUGGCAGCCUACUACACCUGUUGGACACCCUGCAUGGCAGCUAUGAUCUACAAUGCACUCUCGGGUAGCAGCGUACCAGAGUGGAUUGAGUUUGUGGUGGUAUGGCUGCCGACCUCCAAUGGUUUCCUCAACUGCAUCUUCUACUUCUGGAUUAACCGAAGCUUCCGCAGGAAAUUCCACCUUGUCCUCCAGAGGCUGGCUCUGGCCCUCUGCCCCAAACUGGCUGACAGCCUAGGGUACUGCAGCACUUCAAAUACACAGUUUGUGUCAGGAAUUCUGGAUAAAAACAGUGUCCAUGAGCGUUCUUCCAGCGUAUCCUCCACCUGCACCCUGUUGAGUUUGGCUUAGAACAUCUGCACCUGAAGAGCACCAUUGGAAUGGACAUAGUCAGUGACCUCUGGUGUUCUCUAUUGUCGGGUCAACUGAAGCCAAGUUAUUGACAUAUCCCAACAUAAGGUAUCAAGGGUAAGAUGUAGACUCAUUGUAAUGGGUUGCAAUGCAAACAGGUUGAUACUAAGACAGACUAUGAUGGCAAGUACUUGAAAUAACCACUACAUCAUUGUAAUUUGAGUUAUUUUCAUUAUUAUACAUUUUUCUUAUAUUUUAUCAAUUUGCAGUCUAAAAAUAGUGUUCAAUUGAGCGGAACACAGGCUCAACUUAUAACUUAUUUAACUUUAAAAACAUUUUUUACUCAUGCACACAGUCUUGCUAAGAUUUAAUGUACUGUCAGAGAUGGCCUCUUAAACCACCUUUUAGUUGUUUUAUAGUUAUCAACCUUGUCUGUGCCCCAGAAAUGCCAAUCAUUAUUCUGCAUACAGCUAUAUUUUAAUAUUGUCAGCUGUUGCAUAAUUAGACUUGUUGCUGAGGUCAAAACGUUGAACUUUAAACAUGAAACUGAUAUUUCAACUUUUAUUCGUGAGACAUUUGUGAACUAAAAACACUAUCCGAUUACGGACACUUUGAAGGAUUGAGGCUAUCUACCUGUUCUUCAAUUUAAACAGUGCAAUAAAGACCUUGGCAUAUAACAGCUAGGAGAAGUUAACCUUUGAGUCAAGGCAUUUGAGUGUAAGCAAAGAGAAAAGUAAUUAUGCAGCUACACUGUAGAAAGGUCACCACAUUUGUGCCGGCAAAAGAUAACUUUGGUAAGCUGAGGCUGCGGUUGUUUGUUUUGAGAUAUUAAGCUCAUGAGCUUCCUCUCUGUAUCAUCUGCUACUGGACUCAACUUGGCAAUGCCCAUGUCAUCUUUGUCUGAAUAGAGUUAACUGCAACAGUGAAGGUUGAUUCAGAUUUAAAGUCAAUCAAGUUUAUAGUUUUCCAAAUACAUCAAAAGAAACUUGAAAUUCAGAAACAUUUUAUGCAACUUAUUUUAGCCUUUGGGUUGCUGCUUGGUGUCCCCAUCAUUCAUGUUUGUGCAUAAUGCAAAUGGUGGCCCCCUCCACAAACUUGUAGAAAUGAUUAAAAAUGUGUUGAGCAUUAGAAGGUCUGUCAUAAAUUAUGUGAGAACAAUGACCAACUUAAAUGAGUUUUGUAUUGUAUUCAUGCAUUUUGUUAUUUCUAAAUUCCUAAUUUUAUAAAGAAUGAACAAGUAAUGUUUGAUGUUUUGGUUUACAGAUAAUUUAUGAAAUAAAGUGUUAUGCCUUUGAA